UGUCCUGGACAGGUCAGGGGUCAGCACAUCCGGGGAUCAGGGGCGCCCGUGUGAGUCUCAGCAAAGUGUCCUACUUCCCGCUUCUCUCUUCCCCGGCUCCCAGAAGCAUGGCAUCGGCCUUCAAUGGGGUGGUCAGGAGCGUGAUCCGGGAGCUGGACCCCCGCCGGGAGCUGAGCACCGUGGACAGCCUGGAGAGCGCGUCCGGCUUCCAGCCUUAUCACCUUCUGAUGAAGAAGCUCUCUAGGCAGUGGUUUGGACAGUCACGCUACAGCUGCAUCAACCUGUCCAUCCAGGACAUCCUGGAAGGCGGUGGUUCGGAGCCCCCAAGCCUCCCUGCCCCGCGCCUCGUUGGCACGUUCCACUUCCUCAACCUGGUGGAUGGGCAGCUGCAGGGCAGCGUGGAGCUGGCGGCAGCCAGUCAGGGGAUGCUCAAGGCCGGAGCCUCCAUGUCCAACAGCUCCAGUGCCUCCAUGCAUGUGGCCAAGCUGCAGGUGGACCCCCGCACCUGGACAGCUCUGCAGCAGGAAACGCGCCUGCAGAACCCAGAACCCAAAAUCCUGCAGCAGCUACGCCAGUACGGGGUCAAUGUUUAUGUGGUGACAGAGGUACUACGGACAGAGGAGGAGGUAGAGGCCACACGCACACGCAAGCGCGAGGGCUCGGGCCAGUUUGCACUGCCCGGAACCCUGAGCCUGCAGGGCAAGGGUCAGGGCCACCUCAGCAGCAAGACGACGGUCACCAUCCCCUCAGGCAGCAUCCUGGCCUUCCGGGCGGCCCUGCUGGUCAUUGACUCUGAGUCGCGUGGCUGGGAUGUUAUCCUGUUCCCAGAGAAGAAGCAGAAGACCUUCGUGCCAAACCAGGCAGAUGUCCUGUUCUCACAGUGCCAGGGAUCUCAAGGCUCCAAGAUGUCUGACAGAGUCACCGGGACCAAAACUGAGACCGUGAAAGGGUUCCGGCUACUGGAGAUGGAGGCGGAGGACCAGGCCGAGGGCUUGUGUGUCCUGUCCAGGGAGCUGUGCCGCCAGCUGCUGCGGGGCCUGGACACUGUGCUGCGGGACGAGGCAGCCUUGCUGGCCUUCGAGGAGGCGCUGGAGCAGGGUAUGUGCUUGGGCCAUGUAGAGAAGCAGGACGGGCCAGUGGGCACCAUCCUGGAGUGCCUGGUGAAGUCCUCCAGAGAGCUAGCGGAGGAGCUCACGAAACAUGCUGUGUAUCUGCUGGGAGCACUGUCUGCUCUCAGUGCAGCCCAGCGUGCCCUGCUGGCCCAGGAGCUGCAGGCCAGGGCCCUGUCAGAACCCCUCAGCCUGGUGCGGAGUCUUCUGAAACAAGCUGACCCAUGGCAGCAGGGCAGAGAGGUGACCCUGCCUGCUGGCCCCCUGGGGAGCCGGUGGAGAGAAGGAGCGCCCGCCUGGAUCUUGCUGGAGCACUGCGGUCUGAGGCUGCAGGAGAAUGCGCCCCAAGUGCACUGGGUGCCUGAGGCCCUGGACACUGUCCACGCCCUCUAUGCCUGCCUUGUGGUGCUGUCGAGGCUGAGCCAGGACCUGUAGGCUGGAGCUGCCCACGGCCAGCCCUGGAUGAAAAGAGCCCCCUCCCCAGCAUGGAACCAGUAAA